AUGUUGAGAACGGCGAACACCAUUUUGCAGUGCGAGGUUGGACUGGCGGAUGCGGAUGAGUUUGAGGUGGUGAGGGAGGUCCAGGAAUACUUCGCAGACUAUGCGCCAUUGCUCCCAUCACUGUUCUCUCUCAAUCACAUACCGUCAUCUUCCAGGCCUCUUUAUGGUUCGACCCCCAACACAUGGGACCCAAAGGCUCUAGAGCUCUCUGUGCAAGGAUUGACAGCAGUGUUGCUCAGCCUGAAGAAGAAACCGGUCAUCCGUUAUGAGAGGAUGAGUGGUAUGGCAAAGAAGCUGGCGGUCGAAGUCCAGCAUCGUAUUCAAACCGAAUCUCAAUUGUUUGACUUCCGACUAACCCAAGUCCCUCCAUUACUCCUCAUCCUUGAUCGGAGAAACGACCCUGUCACGCCCGUGCUGUCGCAAUGGACGUACCAAGCUAUGGUGCACGAACUCUUUGGCAUCCAGAACGGACGUGUCGAUUUGGGCCAGGUUCCGGAUAUUCGUCCAGAACUGAAGGAAAUUACAUUAACAACCACCACCGACCCCUUCUUCCAAGGUCACCAUCUCGCCACCUUCGGUGACCUUGGUCAAUCUCUCAAGUCCUACGUGCAAUCGUACCAAGCACGUUCGCUAGCACAGCAGCCCUCGUCCAUAAAUUCGAUAUCAGACAUGAAACGGUUCGUGGAGGAAUAUCCCGAAUUCAGGAAACUUGGAGGGAACGUCAGCAAACAUGUGGCCCUCGUCGGCGAGUUGAGUCGAUUAGUGAGCAAAGAGAAAUUGCUGGAGCUCGGAGAGGUAGAACAGGGCCUGGCAACUUCUGCGGGUGCAGACAUAAGAAGUGUUCAAGCCUUGGUCACAGACAAUUCCGUCAAUCCUAUUGCGAAACUUCGGCUAGUGAUUCUAUAUGCUCUACGCUACCAGAAGACACAAGCGAGCAAUAUUGCUUCCCUCAUUCUCAAUAACUGUCUUGCUCAAUAUGUUGCUGAACUUUUUACAUCUUUACCUACUACCGGCAUCUUUGCUCAGCCAACCCCUACCCUCGUUCGCGCGCAUCUCCCCAAGAAAAGCCAGCCUUCGCAGAUUGCCAGAGAUGCCCUGAAACCUAGAAAUCGUUCUUACUUCCUCUUCCCGAAACCGAAGAGCAACCUCAAUCAGUCCACUACUGUCUCUCGCCAGAGUUUCGAUCUGGAAGCGAAGUGA